AUGGCAACGAUGGGAAGAAAUGAGAGGAGACGACGAAUCAUGGAGAGAGGAUCAGAUCGAUUGGCUCUCAUCACCGGUGAGCUCAAGAAUCUCGAACGAACAUCCUCAAUGCCGUCGGCUGUCCCUUCGUUAUCCUUCAAUGAACGUUCCGGGGGGCUAGAGAUUGGAUCUGAUGACUCUGGUUCCAAAACACCAACAAAGGAAGCAAUCGUCACCAAGCAGAUUCCGAAGGCGGAGAAACCAGAUUCAUCACAUAUCUCCAGAUCCGUGACGUCUCCAGAUGUUGGUAACUUAACACCGAAGCCACAGACUGCAAUAACAGCAAUAGGGCCAUCAAAUAAAAAACCACCAUCAUCGUCGUCAAAGCCAAAGCAGACAAUUUUUUUCUCUUCCAGGCGCCUGAACGCCUGCAUCAUAGCUUCUGAGGUCACCCGGGCGAAAUGUUCCUUUGUUAUAUCCGUUCUCGUGCUGUUUUUCCACUUUGCACGCUCAUGGAUCAAAAUCGACGAGCUCACCGAGAGAUAUAGGCCUAUAUACUUGAUCGCCUUGACCAGUGUAACGAUUGUGUUGCUUCGGAUGAUCCAGGGGAAGGGAAUGGUCGUAGAAGAUGCACAAGAAGAGAAAGCUGGAGAUAACUCAGAGGAUAAGAGCUGGAGAGACGCGUUCAUGGUGCUGGAACGAGGUCUUACGGCCUACCAAGCAAUUAGAGGCUUGUUCAUCGACUGCAGUAUUUACUUGAUUGUUGUCAUCUGUGGCCUCUCUUUGGCGUAACAGCGUUUGCUGGCCACAAGAAGAAGAAAGCUUUUCCUUUUCUCAGUAUUUUUUUGUGGAACCCUAAAAGGUUACUAAUAUCCAUUGUAAUGAGAUGCUAAAUAAUCCUUUUAAGGACAUCACAUGAACAAGAACAAUACAGGAAAAGAGCAGAAUUAGGUUCAAAGAAACAAACAUGAUUCAUGGAACCUCGUCUACAAUGGACGAGCGGCGAAUCCUCGAUGAACCAUCUUCUCAACCAGCUCUUCAUGCUUCUUCAACUGCCCAGCUUUCCUCAGCUGCUGGAGAACCAUUUCAUAGACGUUCUGACUCGGUUUCAACCCUUUCUCCUCAAUCAUUUCCUUGAAGAACUUGUAAGCAUUGUUCCAAUGCCCCAUCCCACAAUACAUCCCGAUCAAAAUCCGGUACGUAUUAACAUUCGACUCGACUUCACCCUCAUCCAUCUCCUUCUUCAUCUUCAGAACCAUAUCCGUCGACUUCGACUCCACGAACAUCCUCAUUAAGGUAUUGUAGGUCACGGUGUUCGGCCUACAUUUCACCUCCUUCAUCUUAGCAUACAACCUGUGAGCACCAUUCACAUCCCGUAGCUUCGCAAUGCAACCGAAUAAGGUAUUGAAAGUAGAUGCAUUUGUGGUACAACCGCUGCGUAUCAUGGAAUUCAGAACCUUCAUCGCUGCAUCGAGAUUAUCUUCCUUGCAAUGAGUCUCGAUCAGGAAGUUAUACGUAACUGUAUCGGGCUCGCAAUUCAGCUUCCUCAUUUGAUUGUACACCUGCAGAACUUUCUCUGUUCUACCAGCUUUCACAUGUGCUCUCAUUAGAUUGUUGAACGUUACCGAAUUCGGCUGGCACCCAGAAUCGACCAUCUCUGCGAACACAUCAAAAGCUCGUGUGCUCUGCCCACAUCUACAGAGCGAAUCGAUCACGAUGCUGUAAGUGUAGACAUUAGGUUGAAUGCCAGCGGUCUUCAUCUCACUGAACACCCUCUCGGCCUCCGGCAGGUUUCCGGCGCGACACCACCCGUGGAUUAAGUUGGUGUAGAUGAUGACGUCAGGCUCGAAUUUGGACUUCAAACCGUCGAAGAAGGCUUCGGCUUCGGCCGCUCUUCUCUUCUUGCAGAGAUUACUGAUUACAAUCGAGAAGGCGAUUUUGUCAGGCUUGCAGUUGUAAUCCUCCAUUCGAUUGAAAGCGUGAACGGCUUCCGCGGCCAUUCCGGCGCGGAUGUAGCGGCGGAAGAGAAUCGAGAACGUUUCGAUGCUGAUAUCGACGGAUCUCUGUUUCAUUAGAUCGAUUAUGUUCCAAGCAAGGUCGAAUAGCCUUACCUUUCCGGCGAGAUCGACCAUCUCGUUGUAGGGUUCGGGGGAGAGAGGGAAUUCGUCCCGAGCCGUUGCCCAGUUGAAGAAAGCUAGGGUUUGGAGGAGUGGGAUGCCGUGGCGGACGCCACCGCACUUCUCGAUGACCCGCCGGACGAAGGCAGGUGUGAUGGUGUCACCGGAAAGCUGGGAGAAGUCGAGGGAGAGAGAUGGGAUGGUGAAAUUUGGGACGCAGGAUGUAGGGUUUGGAUUCGGGUUGUUGCGGUAGUGGUCUUUGAUUAGGGAAUGGAAUUUGUCGACUGCGGUGGAUUCUUCAGGGGAGAGAGCGGCGGGGACGGGGAACGGUGAUAGAGUUGGUUCUUCGUCAUUGGAGUCCGAUUCUUCAUCGUGGAUGAGAGGCUGUGAGACUUCGGGAGAGGAACAGUAGAAAGAAGUGAGGAAGGGGCGGGAUACGGGGCAAAGUGAGGUGGGGAAACGGAGGCGGGAGUGGAUUGCCGCCAUUGAUAGCGGCGAAGGAGGCUGCUCUGUUUUCUGGUUCGAGGAAGGCAGAGGAACACGGCG